AUGGAAGGAGGAAACCACACAGGUGCAACACAAUUCCUUCUGCUGGGCCUUUCAGUUGAUCCUGAGCUGCAGCCCUAUCUCUUUGGACUGUUCUUGUCCAUGUACCUGGUCACAGUGCUCGGGAACCUGCUCAACAUCAUGGCCACCACCUCUGACUCCCACCUUCACACCCCCAUGUGCUUCUUUCUCUCCAACCUGUCCUUUGUGGACAUCUGUUUCACCUCCACUACAGUCCCAAAGAUGCUGAUGAACAUCCUGGCACACAAUAAAGUUAUUACCUACACAGAGUGCCUCACUCAGGUGUAUUUUUUAAUGAUUUUUGUGGGACUUGAUAAUUUCUUACUGGCAGUGAUGGCAUAUGACCACUUUGUGGCAAUCUGCCAUACUCUGAAAUAUGUGAUCAUCAUGACCCCCCUGCUAUGUGUCCUGCUUUGUCUGAUAUCCUGGACCAUCAUUUUCUGCUUCUCCCUGCCUCAUAUCAUCCUGUUGAUGCAACUGACCUUCUCCACUGGCACUGAAAUCCCACAUUUCUUCUGUGAUCUGGCUCUGCUUAUCAACCUUGCCACCUUUGAUAUUCUUUUCAAGGUCAAUGUGGUCCUAUUGUAUGUGUCAAUUAUCCUGCUGGUUGUGUGUCCCAUCACUGGGAUCCUCAUCUCUUACUCUCAGAUCAUGUCCUCCUUAGUGAGGAUGUCCUCCUCUGAAAGCAGGUAUAAAGCAUUUUCCACCUGUAGGUCUCACCUCUGUGUGGUCUCCUUGUUCUAUGGAACAGCACUUGGAGUUUGCCUCAGUUCAGCUGUUACUCAUUUUUCCCACGAAAGCUCGUUUGCCUCCCUAAUAUACACUGUGGCAACUCCAAUGCUGAACUCCUUCAUCUACAGCCUGAGGAACAAGGAUGUGAAGGGAGCCCUGGGGAGACUCCUCAGCAGAGCAGCUUCUGUUCCUUCAUGGUCCACUCACUUUCCAACUAAUGGGUCAUUUUGUCCACUUAGGCAAUGCUGUGAAUUUACACAUAUUGUGUGUUAA